GUGAGGUCUGCUGAGCAGUGGCUUGAGCUACAAAAUCGUGUGGCGCGCGCAGGGAAGGAACAGCAGCGCUGUGUGUUGAUUGUCUGGUGCUCUAUUUGUGUGUGUGUGUAGGUGACCAUGGGCAGACGCUCGUCAGACAGCGAAGACGAGCGGGGCGGCAGUCGGAGGAAGAAGAAGCACCGCCGCCGCUCCUCUUCCUCCAGCUCCUCCAGCGGACGCGAGGCCAGCCGCAGCAAGAAGGCCAGCAGGAAGAGCCGGUCCACAUCCCGCUCACGGGACCGAGACCACCACCGGGACCGGGACCGGGACAGGGACAGGGACCGCCACAGAGAGCGAGACCGAGACAGAGACAAGAGACGGCGGCGUCGCUCCAGCAGUAGCUCCUCCUCUGAGUCCACACGCAGGAGACGGAGUCACAGCACUGACCGCGGCCGAGGUCACCGCUCUCGCCGAUCCCGCAGCCGCAACAGGAGGUCUCACUCCCGCCACAGAAGGUCCCAUAGUCGACAGAAAGAGCGCAGCCGGGAAGCCGCGAGCAUCAAAGCAGCAUUAGAACAUCUGACACCCUCUGAACAGGCCAAGGCUCGACUCCAGCUGGUACUCCAGGCUGCAGCUAAAACGGAUGAAGCCCUGCGGGCCAAGCUGAAGAGAGAUGAGGAUGCCAGAAAGGUGAAGGAGGAAGAGGGGACCACUCUGGAGGAGCAGGUGAGACGGAUUAAAGACAUUGAGGCCAUCGAGAGCGACUCUUUUGUUCCUCAGGCUUUCAAAUCAUCCCGAGAGACUCCAAAGGCCUCAGAGCUGGUGGAGGUGAAGAAGGAGUCGGUGAGUUCUGAUUGGUCUGAGCAUCAAGCUCCUCUGCCUACCACCAUCGUCUACAACGACAACGACGGAGACUCUCUGGCACACCCCAGCUUGUUCCUGGAUAAGGAGGAGGCCGAGGAGCGCUGGCUGAACAGACUGGUGGCCCUGCGCCAGGAGAGGCUCAUGGGAAGCCCCGUGCCCUGAGGCGGACAGACAACCACACCUUCCUCAGAACCAGACUCGGAACCCAAACUGCAGAACCCAGACCACAGAUCCCACAUUCUAGAAUCGGAACUCCAAUGCAAGACGGCAGAAUUCUGAUCGCAGAUCCUGAAAAUGCAAAACCAUAUCUGAGAGCCUGCACUGAAGUACCCUCCUCUGAGCUCUCUCCUGCCCUGUGUGAAAAGGUGGGUCAGUCUGACCAACUGGAUCAAAGUCUGACAAACUGCCUAGAUGUCUCAGAAAGAAAACCCCAAUGUGUUUACCAUAUUAGCAAUAGUGGAAGUAGGAGUUUAAUGAGUUAAUGAUAACAUGGUUUGAGAGUAGACUGGCUCCAACAUUUAUUUGAGCGCUAACAGAAAUACCCUAAUCUGCCUGUGACCCAGCGUGAUUUUGAGAUCAUUAUGUCUUUUACUUCAUUUUCUCAAUAAACUCUUUAAAAACCUUUA